CCCUGUCGGGCGACAGUAGCACCGACUCCGGUGCUCAGGGGGUCCGGUCGUGAGCAGGGAGAAGUCGCCCGCCUCGUGCAGCGCUCCCACAACGGUUCUUCCAACCGUCUCCGGCGGCGGCAACCGCUAAGGGAGCUGCGCAGCAGAGCGACUGGCUUGGGGGGAUGGGAGAGAGCGAGCGAGGAGGAGGGGGUGGAGCGAGAGCGAGGAAGACCGGCAGGCCCCACUCACGCGAGACAAGAGAGUCAGCCCAGCCUUGGAGCGGACGGCAGGAAGUGCGCUUGCGCGUUGGUGAGAAGCCCGGUUGUUGUGGGGAGAGGUGGAGAGGAGCCCGGAGGUAGUCCAGUUAAAGAAAGAGGUUGCGAACUCCACCUUUUUGCUUCCCAUAAAACUAUCAGAUCCUCAGAGGUCACCUUUCUGCUCUCUCGGGGAGGAUGUGAAGAGGCAAUAGUGGUCCUGUGUUGCAGGAACCGUGGCGUCGGGGUGUGGAAAAGUUCUCUGCUGCUCUGCCGCACCAAGAACAACAACAAGCAUGAAAGCAGGCUACUAGCAAUUUUGAGAGCUUGCAGAAACAUUGCAAGGAAAAUGAAGUUCCCUAUUUUCAUAGCAGAUGCAUUCACAGCAAAAGCAUUUCGUGGGAAUCCUGCUGCUGUUUGCCUCCUAGAAAAUAAAUUGGAUGAAGACAUGCAUCAAAAAAUUGCAAAGGAAAUGAAUCUCUCUGAAACUGCUUUUAUCCAAAAACUACACCCAACUGACAACUUUACACAAAGUUCCUGCUUUGGAUUAAGGUGGUUUACACCAGUGAGUGAGGUUCCUCUCUGUGGCCACGCUACCCUGGCUUCUGCAGCUGUGCUGUUUCACAAAAUAAAAAACAUGAAUAGCACCCUAACGUUUGUCACUCUGAGUGGGGAACUAAAGGCCAGAAGAGAAGAGGAUGGUAUCGUCCUGGACCUGCCUCUUUAUCCAGCCCAUCCCCAGGACUUCCAUGAAGUGGAGGAUUUGAUAAAGACUGCCAUAGGUGACACACUGGUUCAGGACAUCCGCUAUUCCCCAGAUACCCGAAAGCUCCUGGUACGGCUCAGUGAUACUUACAACAGGUCAUUUCUGGAGAGCCUGAAAGUGAACACACAGAAUCUGCCGCAAGUGGAAAACACAGGGAAGGUGAAAGGACUCAUUCUCACCAUCAAGGGAGAGCCUGAUGGGCAGACUCAAGCGUUUGACUUUUACUCCAGAUAUUUCAGUCCAUGGUUUGGUGUGGCCGAAGACCCUGUAACAGGGUCUGCACAUACUGUUCUCAGCAGCUACUGGUCCCAGCAACUGGGGAAGAAAGUCAUGCACGCCUUUCAGUGUUCCAGCCGGGGAGGAGAAUUGAAGAUUUCCCUGCGUCCUGAUGGACGAGUUGACAUCAAGGGACGUGCUGCUCUUGUUUUAGAGGGCAUGCUGACGGCCUAGACGCGCUUGUGCGCGAUGCUGCGAUCUUGACUUACUAUUUUCCACGUAGAAAGAAAUGUAAGGGGCUGCUUUGAAUAAAGUUUGCAUAGUAGUCUACUUAAUCCUCACCUUAGACAUAGAACAACAAAGACAUAUUAAUGGAAAUUUAAUAAUGCUUCCUGACUAAUUAACUAAUGGAGUUUUGGCUCUACCUGUGAGUAUAUUUGAAAUGUAAGUAACUAAUAACAAAGAAUAAUGUCACCUUUGAUUAUGAGUACCAAUCACAAAAUGAGGAACAAAUUUAUGAGGAGUAAGAUCAAACCAUUUAAACUUAGGUGUGAGUACCAGAUAGACUAUUUUGUAGCCAUUGAAAAGACCCAAUAACUAUGAGGAAAUAUUAAAAAAAAUUUCAUGAUACAAUACCAAGAAAGAAAAUCACAGUAGAGUAUAAACUGUUAGCGACGUUAUGCUGUGUCUGUGGAGAAUACGAAUUUAUAUGGACAGAGACGGAUCAUGAAGAUAGAAAAGUGAAAAGAGUUCACGUGUAGAGGGUAAGAUUGGAGUAAUUUUAAUGUACCUAAAAAGUUAUUUUCUUCAUUGGAACACACUCAUGUUUAAUAACUAAAAAUCAGGACAUGUAGCUAAAUAACUAAAAAGCCCAGAAUUUUUUUAAAUGUAUGUGUGAUAGAGUGGUAGUAAAAUUAAACAUGAA